GGGAAUAAAGAUGGGGAAAAAAAUGAAAAAAAUAUUCAUAAAUUAGAGUUGUGUUGCUGCUGCUGCUGGUGUUGUUGUUGUUGUUGUUGUUGUUGUGCAACGGACUUUUUUAUUUUGAGGGUGAAAAGGGGUCUGGUUUUUUGUUGAUUCUUGGGAUCGUGGUUUGUCUCCAGCAGUGGGAGGGAUCUCUCUCAGUAGAUCAGCUCUGAAUUCUUACUUUCCUGUUCUCCACAAGCAGCUAAUACAAAUGGCCCCACGUUUAUGGAGACCUUCCCUACCUUCAUGAUGUGCAGACACGAUCUCUUAUCAUGAUUUCUAUUCAAACUCUGCUAUUAGUAAAGCUCUUCACUUUAUAAGAUUAACAAAUGAGAGCAAUGGCUACUUUUUACUCUGGCUCAGACGAUCAGAGGGACAUUAUGCAAACCCGUUAUAUUAGAGAAAGUGGGAAUUCAUCCUAUCCUGAGUCAUCAGUUCAUGGAAGCAUGCCUUAUAUGAGUUAUUCAUCUUCCGGGCCAUAUUCAGAAAUUUUGGCAGGCAAUAGUGGUCAGUCACAGCAAACAUGCUUGGAGUUUCCUGUUUCUGCAGUCAAGGACGAUUCUGCACUUGGGAGGCCUGACAUAUCCGCCUCACAAAUUAUGGAACAAACUUACAAUGCUUGGAGAGAUGGUAAAGAUGAGAUAUUGGUGCAAGGUGAUGGGUCAUUGAAUAGUGUAGAUGAUAUCCAGAUGGGAUUGUGUAAACAGCUGAGUGUCUUAAGGAAUCAAGAUUCAUCUCUGCAGCCAUCAAAUGUUACGGCAUCACCAGGCCAAGGCUUAUCUCUUAGCCUUAGUACCCAUAUUGCAGUGCCUUCUUUUCCAUGUCAGCCUGCUAACUCAGACAUCUCUCACAUGAGUUCUCAUCAAUCAGCUUCAGUAAAUAGUGGGUCAUGUAGAGAUGAUAAUGCCAGAAACAAGCUGAUGCAUGCAAAUCUCUCUCAUGGGCUUUCCACUCUGAUGAGCACAAUUCCAAAUUCUAAAUAUCUGAAGGCUGCACAACAACUACUUGAUGAAGUCGUGCACAUUAGCUAUGUUUUGAAGAACAAAGCGAACAAAGGUCAAGCUUUGAAUAAUUCUUUAGACACUUCAAGUUGCAAAGAAAAUGAUGCGGAAUCAAAGAGUAAUGGAAUGCCUAACGACAAUCAAGGAUCCUUGGCCAAUUCCACUGUGGAGCCCGAGCAUCAUGAGAGGCAGGAGCUCCAAAGCAAGAUAACAAAACUUUUGGCUAUGCUGGAUGAGGUUGAUAGAAGAUACAAACAGUAUUAUUAUCAGAUGCAGACUGUAGUGUCAUCUUUUGAUGUAAUAGCAGGUGUUGGGGCAGCCAAAGCUUACACUGCUCUUGCUCUGCGAACUAUUUCAAGGCAUUUCCGCUGCCUCAGAGAUGCUAUCUGUGGCCAGAUCCGAUGCUCACGCAAAUCUCUGGGUGUGGAAGACAAUUCAAGUGGCAAGGGGGGUGGGAUACCACGUCUUCGUCUCAUAGACCAGCAACUUAGGCAGCAGAGGGCAAUGCAGCAACUCGGUGUGAUGCAACCCCAUGCCUGGAGACCGCAGCGAGGUUUACCUGAAAACUCUGUAUCAAUCCUUCGUGCAUGGCUGUUUGAGCAUUUUCUUCAUCCGUAUCCAAAUGACUCAGAUAAGUUGAUGCUUGCAAGACAGACUGGCCUCACAAGGAGUCAGGUAUCAAACUGGUUCAUAAAUGCACGUGUCCGCCUUUGGAAGCCAAUGAUUGAGGAAAUGUACAAAGAAGAGACUGGGGACACAGAGAUGGACUCGAACUCUUCCUCUGACAAUAUAUCUUUAGGAAAAAAUGAUCUUAGAUCCUUUGGAGAUAAGGAAGACUUGCAAAGUCCUGAUGCUGAUAUUGGUAGGACAGCAACCAGAUGUUAUCACAAGCCCAAUGUGGAUGUGGCUUAUCUGAAUUGUAAGUUGAGUGAUCAAAGAGCUACUCAGGAGGACUCCGGUCUUCUCCAGGAUGCCUUCAGUCACUCUGAUGGGAGUGAAAGGUUCAUGGCAUACCAAAUGGCCGAUCUGGGAAGCUACGGAAAUGGUGGUGUGUCUCUCACAUUAGGUUUGCAGCAUUGUAACGUCAGUAUCGGAUCAAACAGUCAACACAACUUCCUCUCAAUACAGGAUGAAAACAUUUAUAGCACAGCUCCUCCAGGUGCUGAGGCAACUGAUUACGAUUGUGUCAAUCCACUGGAUCCUCCGCAGACUUUUGGAUCAUCAUUGCAUAAUCUGCACGAUUUUGUAGCUUGAAUGUUGCUGUUUGCAUCUUUAGACGGUUUGAAUGUUUAUGAAAAAGUAACAAGGUGUGUAGUAGCUUCACAUGAGCUUUCGGUGAUCGCUUUGUUAAAGAAACAAUAUAUAGGCUGAUACAGAUUGUAAUAUACAAGGAAGGGUUAUUGGAAUUACAGGUUAACGUGUUGUAUUGAUGCACUAUUUGUGUAAUUUGCUGAAGAAGAAAACACGUAAAAGUUUAUCAAUUUGAAAGCGUCUGGUGGGGGAUCAUGACAUAUGUUUUGGCAUGGCGACCUUCUGGACCAGCUGGCAUUGGUAGGGUAUUUGUGUAACUUAGAUUUUUAUUCC